GCCGCUCGCUGCAAAAUGGCUCCCGCCCGCCUCUCCCCGCUCACCAUGGCAACCGCGCUCCGCCCGCCGCCGCUGCCGCCGCGCGCGCCGGAAAGCAGCGCGGCGCGGGCGGCGCUUUACGGCGGCGCGCGGCGGCGCCGAGGUCGUUGCUGCGGGCUGUUGGCGGCGGCCGUUGGCGGCGGGGCCGUGCGGUGCGGCGCGGCGCGGCGCGGCGCCAUGGAGGGCGGCGGCAACUCCAAGGGCACGGGCCUCGGCGGCCUCUUCGGCGCCGGCGGCGUGGGCUACUCCCACGCGGACCUGGCCGGAGUGCCGCUAACUGGAAUGAGUCCUUUGUCUCCGUAUUUAAAUUUGGACCCCAGGUAUCUAGUACAGGAUACAGAUGAGUUUAUCUUGCCCACAGGAGCCAACAAAACACGGGGCAGAUUUGAACUGGCCUUUUUUACGAUUGGAGGAUGUUGUAUGACAGGGGCAGCAUUUGGUGCGCUGAAUGGUUUGCGGCUUGGUUUGAAGGAGACGCAGAACAUGGCAUGGUCAAAACCUAGAAAUGUACAAAUUCUAAAUAUGGUGACAAGGCAAGGAGCAUUAUGGGCUAACACACUGGGAUCUCUGGCUCUGCUUUACAGUGCAUUUGGAGUCAUCAUUGAGAAAACACGAGGUGCAGAAGAUGACCUGAAUACCAUAGCUGCUGGAACUAUGACAGGAAUGCUGUACAAAAGCACCGGUGGAGUGCGUGGGAUAGCACGAGGCGGCAUUGCAGGUCUGACUCUUACUGGCCUCUACGCUCUCUAUAACAACUGGGAGCACAUGAAGGGCUCCCUAGCCCGGCAGUCCCUCUGAGCAGGGCGGCCAGCGCUGGACAGAGGACACGCUUGCCUAGUCACCAAUCAAAUCGGUUGUGAGAUCUGUCUGGUGCCCCUUACUAUUUUAUUUACAAUUAGUGUGAAACUGAAGGAAGUUACCAUGCUGGGAGGAACCUCUUGACACCAUUUACCUGGACUGGCCCUUUCCUUCCUGCCAGCUGGUUGCUGGAGGCAGCAACACUUGUUGGACCUGCAAGCAAGCAGAGUGGCCACCAGGAUCCAGUCUCCCUGACACGCUCACCAGCUAGCCCCGGGCCAGAGCUGCAAGGUGUGCUCAGGCCCCAUAGUUGUACAUGCUGCGCCACCAGGUUUGUUCAGUUGCAUGUACUACACCGAUAGCGCUGCGUAAUAAAGUUUGUGCCCAUAGAGCUAUUCACUGCAGUCCUUCAACGUACAUCGCCCCAUCAGCCAGCAUCCAGCAGCUGGAGCAAGCCAGACACAGGGCAAGGCUGGUUAUUCUUACAGCACAGGGUAAGCGGUGAAAAGGGAUAUCGUAAUAAAUAAAAAGGGUGGUACUUAUGCAACACUCUUCCUAUGCUUUCCUGUUCUUACUGCUGCUAAGAAAAGAGUCUGCCAAAUCCAGUGGCUCUCCUGUUUACUGUUUAGUUUUGAAGGACUGAUGUGAUAAAAUCAUGAGGGAAUUAGUGGCUGGGAGGAAGUGAACUAAGGGGCUGAUUGUCUCCUGGUGCGAGAUGAUGGUGAGACAUAGCAGGCAGGGGUUGACUCUGCUCCCUCAUUUGUUCUAACACAUCCAUAGCGUUAAAAUUAAACCAUGUACUGAGCAUUGUUUGCAGCUAAACUAAACAGCAAGUGGUUAUUUGGUUCAGUAAUUAGCAUUAUUGCAUAAUAGCUUAUCCCCCAAAUUUUUUUAAUAGAAUCUGUAAACAAUUAAACAGGUCUGAGACAAUGUGAAGGCAGAGAAAGUGAAGAGUAAGAAACUUACAGCUUGGUAGGCAACUUAAUGCAAAACAAAGGGUUGCUUUACUUGGGUGCUUCCUCCUGAAGCAGCUCCUGAUAACUGUGUUGUACCCAACAAAAUACAAAUAACAGAAAGGCAGGAAAAGGAAGAAGCCAGCUCUUACCUUCCUUUGAGAAGUAACAUAGCUUUGCCUAGAAGCUUCUUUUUUAGGAGGAGGGAGCCUCUGAGACUAGCUUUUUAUAGAGAGUGAGCAAGCAAGAGGGCUCUCAGUAAUGAGCCUUCACAGUUGAAUUCAAUUAGCCUUGUUUGGAUUGUGGUUCAAAGUAGGUGUUUUGUGCCAGCACCUAAUUAGAUCUAGCGUGAGGGAAAGAAAACAGUUUUUUCUGACCUGCUUUGUAAGUGCUGUUUUUUGUUAAUCCUUACUUGGGUUCUGCUUUUUUUAGCAGGUUGUAUACUGCUGUUGUGGUAUAAGCGCUAGACCUCCCAGCAUGUAUUUUUCAAGGGCCGUACCACCAAAGAAUCUGCGUCCUACUCGCAGGCUGCAGUAAGGUGACUUGGGCAUCAGCUGCACGCUGCUGUCGGGUGGGACAUCUGGAAACGCGUGCGCUGCCUUCUUCAUGAGCUGCCUUUUCUCUCCCUCUGGCAUCAGUGAGUUCCUGCCCUCCCUUUUUGUUGGUCGCCUUUACUGUGCUCCUGCCCUUUACCAUGAUGGAAAAAGGCUUGUUGACUAGGGGGAGGGAGGUUGCUCUUGAGUGUCAGGAGCUGAGCAGUGUAUCUUUUGGGUUUGGCUUUGCUAGAGACUUUCUCAGGACCGAAGUGUGACCCAGGAGCUCUCUGCCCCUAACUAAAGUGGGAAAGCUGCAAAUCAUCAAAUGUCUUUAUUCCUUUAGAUGCAUUGGGGAUAAUGUAGAAAUAAGCUUCUAAGAUCAAAGUUGCCACAACCUCAAGGCUAGGCUGACUGUUGGGACAAACUAGUGUGUUAUCUGUUGUGCAUAACCUCGAAUUUCCUGGAACUGCCUCAGGGGCAGAACAGAGUGCAUUUUUCUGAAAUAGCUUUGCUUCUAAGGCUAUUAAAAAUCUUCAGAAAGACAAGAGCAGUGGCUAUCCACAUGUACUGAUGUAUGAUCAUACUUUAUGGCUCCAAGCUCUCCAAAGCAAGAACUCUGUGCGUGAAUCCUAAGUCUGGAAUAUAGGAACCAUCUUGACAUUCCCUGUCAAGACUUAACUGUGCUCACGCUUUGUGAACAAUUGGUAUAAGGUUGUUAUCAAAAACUGUGACCUGUGCUCCUUGCGUCAGCUCUCUUAGCUAGGAAAAGAAUCAUGGGAAACUAAAAAAUACUGAAAGAGCAUCCAGACUUGCUGAACCAGCAAGACACUGAUCCUUGUUUUGUAGACAUCAAGGAACUAUUGUUACUGCAUUAGAUCUGGCUGUACAAGUCCUGAGUCUUAGCAAGGAAAGGUGCUAAAGGCAUAGAAUGGUUUCAGAGGAGAGCAAGGCAAACCAAUGAGAGGUGGCAGCCUGUAAUAACUUAAAGCAAAGGUGGAGAUGGCUCACUUGUGUACAAAGACAGGAAAGGAGGAGACAGUAACUCAAGCGGUAGCUGCAAGGACCAGAAGUGUAUCUGUGGGAAUAAAAGGAAGUAAAAUGAAGUCACAGCCAUGGGAUUUGGCAAGCACGUUCUGGUCUGUCUGUGGAGAAUUACAUAAAUGUAAGCAUGUGAAAUCUUGACCAUCUUGUAGCGCAAUGCUUUAUCCACCUGCAGUGCUACUUAUGCCAUCCAGUUUUGCGGACAGACUGGAGACAACUUUCUAUUCUGUAGUAGCCAGUGAUGGAGUCUGAGAUACUGGCUAUAAUGACAGCUUUUUGCAUUUUGUAAAGCUGUUUUCGUGUAAUCUAAGGGCUCGAGAAAGGCAAACCACUUUCACAUUUCCCAUCAGCUUCUCAAACUUCUCUUAUAGUUGGGGGAAUUUGCUGAAAAAUCUCUAGUCAUGUGGUGGGAAUCUCCAGCUUCCUCACUGAAGCAAAAGCUGGUUCUCAAAUAUGUAUAUUAGAGCAGUAAAAAGGAUCCCGUGCUCAUAUCCUAUGCCUCCUCUGACCUAAUCUGGGACUGGAAAAGGAGGGGAGUUGGGGGGGGCGGCCUUUUUUUUGGAUUUUUAACAGACAAUUACAGCUGUGUAUAAUAGGCUAGAUUAAGUUAGGAAAUUGGUAUGUUUUAAAUGGGCUUUAUGGAUACUCUACUAGCCUUGACCUGUACAGACUCAGACACCAAGAUAACAGUGCAAUUACAAACAUGUACCACACCAAAGGAUACUGAACCUUUCUUGGUACUUUCACGCUAUCCUUAAUUUUGGUCUUGCGUUCCCCUGGGGUGUCCCUGCUCUGCUGUGAUCCCUCUCCUGUGACCAGGGCUGCCAGACUCGCAGCCACAGCAGGUAUGAGCCGGAGCUGCUGGGCAGUCUCACACCCAAGAGCCCUUCACCAGGUAGGUGCUUGCUCAGGAAGGGCCCCCUUCUGCCACUUGCACCCUCCCGCCCCAUUGUUUAAAAGACUUGGAAGUAGCAUUAACUUAUGUCUUUAUAAAGGCUUUCCCCAGACUCCAUGUACCUGUAAUAGAGGAAAUUGUCACUUGCACUAGCACAACUCACCUGGCCAGUGAGCUUUCAUUACUGACCUGUCUGCGGUGCAGCCUGCCCAGCUGCCAUGGGUAAAGCCCGGGCAAGCUCUGGCCUUUCUCCCCUGCUCCUCCACGCUGCCCUAAGGCUUUGGCACCUUACGUUGGACGUAGCGAGCCUUUGCCAUGCAUGGGUUUGUGAUGAAAGUCUCCCACCUAAGGUUAGCCAUAAAGCGCCAUGCUUUCACCUAGUAGGUGACUAUAAAGCAAUUUGGUUAUUUUGCACCGAAACAACUUAGGCGCAUUCCUUUGUUACAGCAGCUCCGCUGAGGGAAAAGUUGGAGGUAACUGCUCCAGCUCAACAGGGAGGGAGAGAAGUGGAAUUAGGAGUUUUAGAAGGGAGCCCCCCCCACCCAGUACAAAGCAUCAGUCUGAUAUCUCAUUGUUCAAAGGAAGCUCACCAAGUGUUUGUGAAGCCAUAGUAUUUUCUGCUCCUGCUACUCUGUCAUUCUUUUGUAUUUGGAAGGCUUGAAACUAUACUUGUUUUCUUUGUCUUUGAUCUAUGGAGCUCUGCACAUGAUAUCUCCUAACACAACCCCGAGUCUUUUUUUUUUUUUAAUCUGUGUUUACACAAAUACAUGAAAUCUAAGGUAUCAUGGUUGAAAGGCUGCCAGACCCAGCUGCAUACUAUCUCAUGGGAAUGUUCUCUUCUUAGUAUAAUGCAGUUUGGUUUAAAGUCACUACUACCCAUUUAAAGGACUGGAAAAUCCUCAAAGGAGAAACAGCACCAGAGUCUGACAUUCAAAAACCAAGAAAGCAGAAGAGCCACAGUGAGAGAGGAACUAACCUUUAAUUGCACAGCCAGAAAAGAGAGAUUCUACAGCCACAGGUGAAGAGGGCUGGAGCCUAUUAAAAUCUCUAAAUCCUCCUCAAAUAUUCAAGAAUGAUAAGAAACAAACAUGUCAUUUUGUCUAAAUUUGUAUUUCUUACAGCACCUGAAUAAAGACCAGGUGGUUUAGACAUACCA